GAUAGAGAGAGAGAGAGAGAGGGAGUGGAGGGGGGAGAGAGAGGGAUCCUGCUUGGCACACAGCGCCCCUGUGGCAGUGAGACUUUGACUGACUGGCUGUCUGACGGAGGAUUCUUGAGGACAACGCAGCGCUUCUAAUCCUUUUCACACCUUUUGUCUGUCAUCUCGGAGACCUCUGAUGGGUUUCUAGCUUCUCUUCACCGGUUCUUGCCACCUCAGCGUAGGAUUGCGCUUUUUUUUUUUUUUUUUUUUCUUCCCCAAAUCCCCCACAUCUCUUCCCCUGUCUCCUUCUUUGACUGGCCGAACCGGGGCUGAUCCCCAGCCAACCCUGGGCCGGGCCGUGGGGCUUUUCGGCGAGCCUUAUAGCUGAGAGUUGUGGCACACCCGAGAUGGGCGCUUCGGGACCCGGGAUCUGGGCUCUCCCCUCGGCGCGGGGGACCGCCGGCUCGUGGCAGUGCUUGUGGUGGUGGGUCGUGGCGGUCGUCGUGACGGUGGGCUCGGGGGAACCGUGGCUGUUCACGGAGGCAUGCCCCUCACCUUGCUCCUGCAGCAGCACCAGGAUCUCCUGCGUGGACCCGGAGCGGGGGAUCAGCGCGUUCCCCGUCCUGCAGAGCGAGGCGGAGAUGGAGAACAUCACCGACAUUUACAUCGCAAACCAGAGCAGCUUCUCCUCCAUUAACGACAAAGAACUGCACUACUACAAGAACCUCAGGAACCUAACGGUGACCAACAGCAGGCUGACAUACAUAUCAAAGCUGGCGUUCCAGAGCAACUUAAAGCUACAGUACCUGAAUUUGAAGGACAAUAACCUGUCAUCCCUCACCUGGAGGAUAUUCAAGCACCUCAACAUCUCAUAUCUAAUCCUGUCAGGGAACCCUCUGCACUGCUCCUGUGAGAACAUGUGGAUCAAGCUGUGGUUAGGAGAGGAAGCAGACACUCAGGACCUGCGCUGCAUUGAGGAUGGAGUAGCACGCAGACCGCUGUCAAAACUGAGACUGCCUAGCUGUGAGAUUCCAAUGGCAACGCUGCGCCCAUCCAGAGUGUCUGCAAAGGAAGGGGAUAACGUGGAGCUCUUCUGUACGACCUCUGGCAUGCCCUCGCCGGAGUUGAUCUGGGACGUUUGGCUGGAGAGUAACCACCAGAUCGAGACUUCUGGCGAGAGUUCGACGCUGCGGCUGACAAACUUGUCAUCGAUGGACCACAACAAGAAGAUCAGCUGCUUGGCUGAAAAUAUUGUGGGAGAGAGGGAGUCCUCUUUGCUGCUGGAUAUACUUUUUCCUCCUAAAAUCACAAAACUGAGUGACGCCAUCCCAGACCAUCACUGGUGCAUCCCCUUCAGCGUAGCAGCAAACCCAAUGCCAAACUUUACGUGGUAUCUGAACGAUGUGGAGGUGACCGAGGGGCAGUACAUUAUGACCAUGAUCCACGACGUCACAGAGAGAGAAUACCACGGCUGCCUGCAGCUGGACAAUCCCACACACCUCAACAACGGCCUCUACUCCCUGGUGGUCGAAAACAAAUAUGGCCUAGACAAAAAGACCAUUGUAGCUCACUUUAUGGUCCAGCCUUUUGAUGGUACCUCUGAACCUUCCUACUAUGAUAUAACUACAGAGCCUCCUCCUCUAGAACCACCUGAAGACAGAGUCGCUGUGUACGUCGUUGUGGGGAUUGCUGCCGUAGCCUUUACUGGUUUCUUGCUGAUGCUGGUUAUCUUAAAGUUUGGAGGAAAUUCCAAGUUUGGCAUCAAAGGACCAUCUUCAGUGAUCAGCAACGAUGACGACUCAGCUUCUCCUCUUCAUCACGUCUCUAAUGGCAGCAACACUCCCUCUUCCUCAGAGAUGGGCCCUGAUGCUGUCAUCAUUGGCAUGACCAAGAUCCCAGUGAUAGAAAACCCUCAAUAUUUUAGGAGCACCAACAGCCUGCUGAAGACCGACACUUUUGUCCAGCACAUUAAGAGGCACAACAUCGUGCUGAAGAGAGAACUGGGAGAGGGAGCGUUUGGGAAGGUUUUCCUGGCUGAGUGCUACAACCUUUCACCUGACCAGGAGAAGAUACUCGUCGCUGUCAAGACACUGAAAGAGGCCAGCGAAAACGCCAGGAAGGACUUCCACCGUGAAGCCGAGCUGCUGACCAACCUGCAGCACGAGCACAUCGUCACGUUCUACGGCGUUUGUGUGGAGAGCGACCCUCUCAUCAUGGUGUUCGAGUACAUGAAACACGGAGACCUGAACAAGUUCCUCAGGGCUCAUGGACCAGAUGCGGUUCUGAUGGCAGAAGGCCAGACCACCAGACCCGUGGAGCUGACCCAGUCUCAGAUGCUGCAUAUUGCCCAGCAGAUAGCGUCUGGCAUGGUCUACCUGGCAUCACAGCACUUUGUUCACAGAGACUUGGCCACCAGGAACUGUCUAGUCGGUGAGAACCUGCUGGUAAAGAUUGGAGACUUUGGAAUGUCCAGAGACGUCUACAGCACGGACUACUACAGGGUCGGAGGUCACACCAUGCUGCCAAUCCGUUGGAUGCCCCCUGAAAGCAUCAUGUACAGGAAGUUCACCACAGAAAGUGAUGUCUGGAGUCUAGGAGUCGUUCUUUGGGAGAUCUUCACCUACGGGAAACAGCCGUGGUACCAGCUCUCCAAUAACGAGGUGAUAGAGUGUAUAACUCAAGGUCGCGUGUUGCAGCGUCCCAGGACCUGCCCCAAAGAAGUCUACGACCUGAUGCUGGGCUGCUGGCAAAGGGAGCCACACAUGAGACUCAACAUUAAAGAAAUCCACAGUCUGCUCCUCAACCUGGCCAAGGCCUCACCGGUUUACCUGGAUAUACUGGGCUGAACCAGAGAAGGAUGGAACACAGUUUGGGAUGUGUGCGUGAAAAAGUUGUGCGUGGGGACAGAGUUAAAUGUAUAUGUGCAUUUGAAUUUUGCAUGCAUGCGUAUGUGAGCCAAGGUGGGCAUCGCGACACCUCUGACGGAAGUGUUUGAUGCCUGUGCAGGUGUGUGUGUUUGUGCGUAUGUGUGUGUGUGUGUGUGGGAGGUGUAACUGUACAGGAUGUGAAGCUCACUUUAAGGCAAUCAAAAAUAUUCCUUCAACUCCUCCCCAAUCACCUCGUUCCUGCCGGCCAAUUUCCUCACUUUUGUGCAAUCCAACUCGUCCCCGCCUCAUCACAGAGGAGACUUUUAUGAGGUGUGAUUGAACUUUAAAGCUUCUCACUUCUUUUCAGAUGCUUUAAACUCACUGGGGCUUAACUGGUUUAAACAAAAACAAACAAAAAAAAAACUGAUGAAUGAGACUUUCAAUUAAUGGACUUAUCCCUUUGCUGCCUGUCAGACAACAGGACAUGUCUGAACAUCUGGGGAGCUCGAGAGAAGGAGGAUGAAUUUCUGGAAGCUCCGGGCCAUUUUGCUUGUAAAUAUGAGACUGAUGGGACACUUCCGGAGAAACGGCUCUGGGAGAUGCCGAGCCGUAAAGACACUGUGUUAUCCUCUUUCACCCCUGCGUGUCUUUUUUUUUUUUUUUCCGCCCCUCGCCUCCCUUUCUAACACGAGGAUUACCGUCAAAUUCAUCCAGCAGGACGUGUGCGCGCACUGAUCGAGACAUCUGUAUGCAUGCGGGGAAUUCAGCGUGACACAACGGCGGCCAGAACGGCAAGGCAAAAGUAAACACAAUCUGCUUCCCUGCCUGUCAGACGAAAUUAGGAGGUGUGUUAAGGAAAUCGUUUCCGGUUGGCUGCUUUCACCGAUGCACAGAAACAGUCGGUGACAACACAGCUGCAACCGACUGCUGCGCUGACAAAAGAUUUUCAGACAUUAUGCCGAGGUACUCACUGACAUGGGUUCGCUUUUUUUUUUUUUUUUUACAGCUGUUAUCUGUUGCAUUUUACUUUUCCUCAGGCCUGAGAUGCAAUGUCAUACAAAGCAGGGUAAUAUGAUGACUACUCCGCCCCCAAAAACCUCCUAAGCGACAGAUGCUCCACUUGUGAUGUCAAGCGCUUGUGUCGGAGGUCAAUUGAUUCAUUUGUCCGCAGCUGUCCGACAAUCACAAAAUCCGCGGCGUUGGGGGAAGCCGGGGGGGUUGGCGGGUGGUGGGUUGGGGAGCGUAAAAGGCUGCUGAGGGAGUUUGGGUUCUGAGUGGUCAGACCAUGGUCAAAUGUGUGGGUGGCUGACUGGAGAAGGUGUGGUUCAUCUGGUCAACCCCUAUUAAAUCUUCAAAGCUCUCAGCACUCAGACAUUCUUGAAAACCAUCGCUGCGUAAGAGGGGAUGCGCACGAGAACGCGCCCGCACACAUCCACCGUGUACCUCAUCCCGUCAUUCCCUCCGUCCCUACACACCCACUCCCACUCACUGGAAGACACUCAAAACGGACCCGGGAAGGAAAUUGAAUUGUACAUGUUUUAUUAUUAGAGCGGUGCAGUGCUUUAGCAGAGCCCCGUCCCCUGUAAUGGUGUAAUGUAUAUUUCAUUACAGCUAAUGGGCUCCAUUAGCACAGUCUCCUCACAGACAUUCAAGACUUAUUGUUUUAUGGCCCGAGAAGAAGGGAUGGAGGGAUGGAAAGGUGAAGGAGAAGAAAACAGUUAGGCUCGCCGGAUUUAGGAGCGGCGACAAGGAGGGAUAUGUGCAGAUGUAUUAACGCGUACUGGAAAGCAGUUGAGAGGAGUGCAGAGGGGAAGCAAGGACGUAAAAAAAGGGAUGGGACUGGAAACAGAAAAGGCCAAAUGAAGGAGGGAAAGAGGUGAGAGUAUCCUCUGGGAGAAAAGAAGUGUGAACAUUCAUCAUGACUUUGGAGCAGCAGAUGUUCUGUAAGCCUCAACUUCAGCUUUACGCUCCCUUCACAUCCCUACAGCACCCUUCCACCACAGACAGUACACACAACACUGUGCAGACCAGGGUUUCUGCAGGGUCUUAAAAUAAUUUAUAAAAAAAAAUGUAUUAAUCUUGUUUUAGGCUCUAAAACGUCUAAAAUGUGGCCAGAUUUUCCACAGUA